CAACUCCAGGCCGAAGGGUAGCUCUGGAAAUUGUUUUGUUGUGUCCAGGCAUACACACGUGCUGACGUGGACUUUGACGGAGAUUUUUCAGACUUUCCAGCCUUGCGACAAUGUUGCUCCUCCUCCUCUUGGCGGCGCUGUCCCCCAUGUUCAUUGCCUCCGCUUUGGCCUUGUCGACCAUUACGGCCACGGGGACCGACCCCGUUGUCACGUCCACCGCCGUUGUCACGCAGACCGGGUCCACGAUCACCACCACCGUCACCUCCACCCCCCUCUCCGCCAGCGCCUCACCCCUCCGCUCCAUUUCCGCCAUCAGCACCUUUACCGCCCACAGCUCCGAUUUUCCCCCCAGCAUCACGUUCGCCGCCGCCGCCACGACUGUGACGCUGUUUUUCCCGCACGAAACCGGUAUCGGAUAUGGCUAUCUAGCCAGCGUCGUCGCUGCCGAUGCCUGCGCAACCACGUACGGCUUAGUCUGUACAUCGGGGUCUCAUCUCGGUGGCGCCGACUGCCCAGCCCGCCUGACCGACUACUUCACGUAUGUGGGAACAUCUAUAUUUUCCAUCUCGACUCGCUACACCGGAGCGAUAACGGUGGGCAGCUCCACGACCGCCGUAUCAAACGAAUACAUCCAGGCCUGCAGCAUCUACGGCACGACUCGCGCCGUUUGCGCUCUGACCCUGACCGAGGCGUACGGCGGCAAUCUGCCAUCUUCCUUUUCUUCAUCUACAACCUCUACUUUCACUGGCGACCAGGUGCGCUUCGCAACGGUGCCCGUCACCGCUGGCGCCAGUAAAUUGGCCAGCGCACGCUCCUCAUCCUGUCUCGCCCCGAGUACGUCGACUUCAAUGGAUGCUGCUGCCACCACGGGUACAUCGACAUCGACAUCGACAUCUAAGGCGGCUGCUGCUCCGACAGGCGGUCUCUACAGGGCCCAGCUCUUGGCAGGAGCUGCUGGUCUAUUGGUUGGCGCGUUAGCAUAGCUUCACAUUUCAUGCAUCUUUCCAACCACCAUAGAUGAGGCGAGGAAGUAGAUGGACUUCCAUUGCCGGACUGGGUAGAGCCGACCGAGCAUCCAUUAGACUUCUAGAAGUAGAGACAACAAUCGCAAGACAAGU